GGAAGACAGAAAAGACGCUCGGAAUGAAUCCGUAGGCUGGAGUCUGGCAUUUCCGUAGCUUACAACAAGUUUUCUUAUUCAUGGUGCCAUCAAACAUACAUACUAAAUAGGACUAAAGUGAAUUUAAAACAACUGUUUCUUGAAAGCGACGCUUUUAAAAAGAGUAAGUGAGAUCACAUCUGUGCUGAGGGCCUUCAUCAUGAGUGUCCUGCCUCCUGUGCGCAAGGACCGCAUCAUUAGCCAGCUUCCUAAGUGCUUCAGUAAAGGGGCCACUUUACACACAGAAGAUGGAUUUAAUACAAAGGUCAAGACAGCUUGCCAGGAGCAGAGAACUGGCACUGUAGGGUUUAAAAUCUCUAAGGUUAUUGUAGUGGGAGACUUGGCUGUAGGGAAAACUUGUCUGAUUAAUCGAUUUUGCAAAGAUACCUUUGACAAAAAUUACAAAGCUACCAUUGGUGUAGACUUUGAGAUGGAGCGGUUUGAGGUGCUUGGAGUUCCAUUCAGCCUUCAGUUGUGGGACACUGCAGGUCAGGAAAGAUUCAAGUGCAUCGCUUCGACGUAUUACAGAGGAGCUCAGGCCAUAAUAAUUGUUUUUGAUUUGACUGAUGUGGCCUCGCUUCACCAUACCAGGCAGUGGCUGGAAGAUGCUAUGAAGGAAAAUGACCCCACUGGUGUGUUACUCUUCUUGGUUGGCACAAAAAAAGAUCUGAUUUCCCCGGCACAGUAUUCUCUUAAUGAAAAGGACGCCAUUAAAGUGGCCCAAGAGAUGAAAGCAGAGUACUGGGCUGUGUCUGCUUUGUCUGGAGAAAAUGUGAGGGAGUUUUUCUUCCGUGUGGCAUCACUAACAUUUGAGGCUAACGUGUUGGCAGAGCUGGAAAAAAGCAGCUCCAGACAAAUCGGGGACGUUGUCAAAAUCAGCAACAACACAAGUAACUUGUAUGCAACUUCUAAAAAGAAACAGCUGAACUGCUGUCAGUGAAGGGAGUGAAACCUGAGAAAUUUGCACUGAAAUAAAUAAUGGUACCAAAGCAGAAACUGUGGGUACAGAUGAGUGAGGGAGACUAUAAAGUGUUUAAAGGAAUUUUAAGAAAAUUCGGACAUGCUGAGUAAUAAAUAUGUUCUUUGGUAGUAUAUUUCUUUUCCAUUUCUGAGGUUAUAUAUAAUUUUUUUUUUUGUCAUAUCUGUGCCCCACAAUUGUGCUGCCCUCGAUUCUGUGUUUGUUUAUAAAUGAUUAUGGUACUAUAAAUCAUAACUGUCAGGUAAUUUAUGAAUUUUUUUUAGUUUACAUUAAACAUUUUAAGAUCAUACUGAAUUGCACAGUUAAGUGACAGUUAUUGUAUUUUAAUAUUAAAUCCAGUUGCAAUAAAAAGUAUUAACUACACUAACAAAUUUUUAUACACACUUCUAU